UACGCCUGUAACAAAAUGCCAGAGGAUGCUUCGCGCAUGCGCACUGAAUGUUAUUUCAGUGGCAUCACUUCCUGGUUCGCUUUAAGACCGUACACAACAAGGGAAGAGACCACAAUCAGGUCAACUGCGAGGCGCGAGAGUUCCUGUUAUUGUUUCCCCCUAUAUUGCGGGUAAUCUGGCAUUUUCUGCUUCAACAACCCGGAUUGAAAAGAAUGUCUCCGGCCGUAGCCUUCCACACGCAGCUCGCUUCCAUUAUGGAGGUGCUAGCAAACACGGCGGUGGCGGAGAUCUGCGAGCUUGUGGACAACGGCUACGCGGUGCUGCAGCUCGAGAUCUCACGGAGCCGCAAAGAAAACGAGGUGCUUCGGAGGAAACUGCGGCUCAUGGAGCUACGAGCCACUCGCGCGAUCGCCCUGCGUGCCACAGCUAACGGCUGUAGCGGCACCGCGCUGCUUCACGCGAGCGGCCGCCCGCGAGUUCACCUGCUCGCGGGGCACGAGCCAAGAAGGAGCGGCGGGACACCGAGAGCUCCAUCUGAGACAGCGCUGUCCCGAUUGUCCCAUGAGGAGACAUCCAGCUGCAGAGAUCCUAGUCCACCACCAGACCCAGAAGAGGGGCCAAACCUGGAGACGCCUGCAGAAGGUGAGACGACAGCAGUCAUCAAAGUGGAGGACGGGGAGUCCUGGUCCCGGCCCGAGUCGGACAAGGGUUUUUGUCCCGUUGCUGAUGGACAGACGAUGGAGACAGAGGCUUCGUCCUCGCUGAUUAAACAAGAAACAGCAGAUGAUGGCGGCAGCUCUUCAAAGUCGUGGACCGGUGGGGAGGUCAGCUCCACCUCCACCCAAAAUGCUCCAAACACCAGCGACCACGACAGCCUGAUGUUUGAGAUCCAACAUGGCUCCUGCUCUACCCAGAAUCCUCCAGGUGCUGACGCUGGCGGCCCGUCUGCAUUGAACCCCACUGCGAGCGUUUCCAGUCUGUCUGCUGCUGAUGAGCCUGCAGGCUUCCACAGUCAACAGCAGAUGGCGCCGCCACCUCCUACAGACGAGCCGACAGGACGACAGAGCGCCAUGGUCAGGAGGGACCGGUGGCGGCUCCAGAACCGGGCCAGCAGAGACGACUCCGGGGGGAAAACAUUCAUCUGCAACUGGUGCGGAAAAACUCUGGCCUGCCUCAAGAACCUGAAGACCCACAUGAGGGUUCACACCGGCGAGAAGCCGUUCGUCUGCGCGCUCUGCGGCAAACGCUUCUCCGACUCCAGCAACCUCAAACGCCACCAGAGCGUCCACACCGGGGAGAAGCGCUACGGCUGCGUCCACUGCGGGAAACGCUUCGCGCAGUCGGGGUCGCUCAAGGUCCACAUGAGCGUCCACACAGACUGCAAACAGUUCAGGUGUGGAUUCUGCGGGAAGACGUUUAUAUCCGGCAGCCACCUGCGGCGACACAUCACUGUCCACGCCGGCGAGAAGCGAUUUCCUGCCGAGUUACUGUGAGGAGUCUGGAGGUGGUUUACUCUGAGCUGCUAGAGACGAACGAAGAGAGAAGCGAUUCGUAGGUCAGAGCCACUUUGUGUUGGUUUUUAUACGUGUUUUACCUGAGAAAUCCAGUAGGGGGCGCACUAGAAAACUCAGACUGUAUAGAGCUAAAAUUGUAGAGUUUAAACAAGACAAACAUGCCGACGAGGACAGGUUAAAUAUGAUAUUCCAGCAGACCAACAGCAGCAGCAUUUUUAUGGGUUAAAAAACCCCUAAACGGAGCACACUGGGUCCCGUCGGUCCCUCCAGGAAUUAAACGCACAGUCGGCCAAUCCUCACCAAUUCUGCACAUCCUGCAGUCAUGCUCAUUCCUGUGAGGUUUCAUUCACGAAUGAGUCAAAUCUAAGAGCUGAUUCUUUGUGGUGGCAAACGCCGACUCUUGUAAGAAAGAGAUGGAUUUUAGAAAGGGCUUUAUUUUGAUGUGCACACCACUCAAACAAUCACAUUUGAGGAAAGACUAGGAUUAUACGCAGUUAUUGUCAAGAGCUGGUUGAGUUAAAUAAACACCUCACACAGAGGCUACAGCACCUCAAAGCAGCUGACCCAGAUUAGAUAAUCCCAGACUGGGUUAUGUUGUCCAUCUCCACUCCCUGCCCCCAUCCGCCCCACUUUCCUGGUGACCAACUGUUAAAAAAGACCUCAGAUCCUAUAAAUGCUUUCAUGGUGAAGACCAUGGUGGAAAACAAGCAAAGGUUGCCAAACAUUUUUCUACCACGAAACAUCAGAGAUGGUUAAAAUCAUCCUGAGUCUAUAAGACCCGGAUCUGCUGUAAACACGGGAAGUAUUAGAAAAAGGCAAGGCGGUUUAUUUGUAUAGGACAAUUCAAGUUUUACAUAAAACAAAGAAUAAAUAGAAGCUACAUUUUUAGUUUUUGUCCUUUUUGUUGAAAUAAGUUGCAGUUUCCGCGUCUCCCUGCUGAAUGGUAAAAUGCUCCCCCAGUAAGGACGGUUGGACUAAAGUAUUCUAAAGACAUUUUCAGGUCCUUUUUGCAAGAACAAACAAACCUGCAAAUUUUUUUUACCAAAGCUGCUGCAAAGUCAGGCUGUUUUUGUUCGGGAGAAGAAUCACUGUAAAAUCCUGGAAGGACUUUGUCUUGGAAAGUUUUUCUCUGGUCAAACUGGUCCCUAAACUGCCUCCACUGGGAAGUCACAGUUUGCCAAUGCAGAGCUUUAAUUUCUGCACAAAAGAUGCUUCAAACAAACAAAGCACACGAAGCAGCCAAAAUAAACACGCAUGCGUAAAUAAAAGCGUUACUUUGUGUUACUCUGAGCAGACGGUGAAUCCAUCACAUACUCGCUACGCCAGAACAUGAAGGAACAGCUGCUGUUUGCUUAAGUUUUCAGUCACUUCCUCUCUGAUGAAGCAGCUUCAUCCCCAGUUUUAGACAUCGUCAUGUUUGUGGUAUAAACUUACCUCCUCAGGUUCCAGCCCUGUUAACAACAGACUCCAUCUUGUCCACGUUUGCUGCUGUUGGAGAUGAUGGUGGGACAAAGUAACCAGAGAUUGUUUCAUGUGUGAGACGAGUUGACUCACCUGGAGGCUCUGCAAUCUGCAGGUGAGCUGACGAGCUCACCGAUGACGUCAUCCUCAUACAACAAAUGUUCAGAACAAUCGAGCGUCUUACGACUUUUAAUUUAAUGCCAUUUAAUAUAAACGUGAGCAUCAGAGAUGUAGUUUUAUGUAAAUAAAAGGCAGCUGUUGGAAAGGAAGAAGCAUCCUGAGAUCUUCAUCGGGCGUUUCCGCUCUGACGUCACUAAUUUCCUCCACCUGUGGAUGAGGUGCAGCAGUUCAGAAAUGUUGCAGUUGAACCUUGAACCUCAUUUUAAUCGUUUAAUAAAGACAAGCAUUCAAGUGUUCGUUUUACGUUCAGUUGUAAACUGAAGCCGUUUCUCCAGGUGAUUUUAGAGCUGCAUGGUCGUCAGGAACAAUGUUUCCACUGUGUGAAAUGUGUUCUCGUCAUUCUGUAAUAAACAACCUUUUUUAAACAA